CCUCGGCACUCACAGGAGUGUAAAGAAUCCAGCAGAGAACAGGACUGCAGGCUGAGCUGAAGUAACCUGGCUGAGAUGGAGAAAUCUGAAAAUGUUUUUUCCACAAAUAAGUCAGACAGCUCCCUUAAACUCUUCAGCCCUGACGUCACAGUAAACAGUCUAUUUUAUGAUAAUCCACAUCAUCAUAGAGUCACACCAACCUGCUGCACAGAUGCAGAUUAUUUUUGCCAGAAAACGUCAUGGAGAGUCGGACAUGUUUACCACGAGUUCAUGGGUCAGCCGAUGCAGCACAGAGAGCCAGAAGACAGAGGAGCAACUCCUGUCAGGAUGAAUCUCCACCAUCGCCCUCGUCCUGCAGAGACCAGAGAGGGAGACGUGAGAGGAGAGAGCUGCUGCUGGGACCAGUGCGGAUCAACAGACACAGCUAGGAGUGAUGAUGUCUACAAUUCUCAGCUUCAGAGUGAUGAAGAGGAUCUUGAGCCACCUCUGCCGCUGAGAUCUGAUGAUGAGUGGCAACACUGCAGACCCUCUCUGCCUCCUCAACACUACAUGCACAACUACAACCUUCAUCGCACCAUGGAUGUCAGGUAUUACCACUAUGCAGGAGCAGAGCAGUACAACCGUAAUCCAGUCAACAGAUACCCAGCCACGCCUCAGCCAUGUCACCACUCUGCUCCCUGCCAGCUCAGAAGUCCCUGGGAUAACUCCCAAAACUGGCUCCAACGUCAUCAUCACCUUCUGAAUGACAGCGUGGCACAGGGAAGUGUCUCAGUGAAUGUGCCUCAGUUCUCCGUCCCCCCCGUGGAGGGUGUGUCACAGGUCAGCGUCAUGAACCUGGGCCCAACAGGAGCAGAGGCGUCCGUGUCACAUCCACAGGAGAAAAGACGGACCAUCAGUCUGCCUGAUGAGUGCCGAAACGUCUUUAUAACUUAUUCUUCGGACAUUUCCUCAGAGAUAGUCCCGUUUGUAGACUUCCUCACGAAGCGAGGUUUUCGUCCAGCUAUUGACAUAUUUGACAACCCCAUCAGACGCAUGGAUAUCAACAAGUGGAAGGACAGUUACCUGAAAGAUCCAUCAACCCUGACUAUCAUCGCCAUCAGUCCAAAGUACAAGGCAGACAUUGAAGGAUCUGUAGUGGACAGCCAUGGUCUACAUACUAAAUACAUUCACUCCAUUAUGCAGAGUGAAUUCAUCCAGCAAGGCAGCUUGAAUUUCAGAUUUAUACCGCUUCUCUUCCUCAACGCAUCCCAGAAGCACGUCCCAUGUUGGCUUCAGAACACACGUAUUUACCGCUGGCCACAGGACACUGAGGAUUUGUUACUGCGGCUGCUCAGAGAGGAGAGAUACGUUCCUCCUCCUGUGCCUCUGGAGCUCACCCUCAUCAUCACGCCUGUGACCCCCAGUGCUGCCACUACACUGUAAAAAGACCUCAGACUCUAUUAAAGAAGCGGAUGUUGUCUCCGACUCUAAAAAGUGAGACCAAUGUGGAAGUGCCUUAAACCUGGGUUCUUUAUAAUGGCCAGCAGGAGGCGACUGCACUGGUUGCAAGAAGAAGUCUGAUAAUAUACAAGUCCGUGAGAAAAUGACCCGACUUCUGGCUUGAUUUAUAAUCUCUGUAAACAUUUUCCUAAUGAGUUUAUGAUCUAGAUCAAUAAGUUCAAGUCUACUCCAAUACAGCAUGAAGUUCAAUUUGUAAAUUAUGGUUCCUUGUGAUUGUCAAGUUGCUACCAUGGAGACCAGUCAAUCAGAAUAGAGCUGUAGCAACAUGAAUCCUCCUCAGCUCAACUCUCUCGUCCAAAUGUGGUCACUUCUUGCUCCUGCCAACCUCGAUGCUUUGAAACAGUAGCCCAAAAGCUUAUGACUGACAUCACGUUGGUUAUGUCCACUUCUUUUAUACAGUCUGUGGUGAAGACACAACUGCGUGUAUGUAUGUCUCUGAUGUUUUGUUUCCAGCAGAUUUUAUUUGGAGUAUUGUGCAACGUGUGAAAUUAAAAAUCUGAAUAUAAGCUCAUGCUAAAUAAAAUGUACAAAUGUUUUUCAAGAUGUUUUAAUAAAGUAUUUUUGUCUG